GCUGACGGGCCGGUAGAUCCCCGGAUCCUGCAUCCGGCCCUUCUUGUAGAUGGGCGUCGCAUUGGCAAGCCUUAUGGCUGUGAUGGAGGAGGAGAUAAAGGGAGAGGUCUUCCAGCCCUUCGACCAUUUUUGUGCUGCUUCUCUGGACAUGCUUUAAUAGAUCCAUGUCGUUCUUGUGCUGGGGACUCCAGAUCUGGACACAGUACUCCAGGUGGGGUCUCACCGUAUAAGUCUCUCCAGCUUGUUGGUGAAGACCCUAUUGUCCCACUUGCUCUUCGUUGUAGUCUCCAGUUUCUUGGAAAUAUUGCAGCGGGAAAUGGAGAUUCCCAGAAUAGUAUUUGGAAGUGUGCUUUCCCAGAUCUCUUCUUGACAUGCCUAACAUACAGUGAUGAGAAGAUUGUUGCUUAUUGUUGUAUGGUCCUGUUCACCUGCCUCAAUUCAGAGAAAGUGAGAGAACUUCUGGAUCCUGGGAACUUGACUGUAGCUCGUCAUGUCCUGAAUGUCUACAAAGAGCAGUUGGAGUCUGAGUGGUCGUUCUUGAUUGUUACAGACCAUUUGCUGAAAUGUCCAGAGUUGGUAAAAGCCCUCUAUGCCAAACUGAGCAAUCAAGAAAGAGUUACUUUGUUAGAGCUGAUGAUGGCGAAAGUAAGUGAGAACCCAGUUACCAGUGAAGAAAUGAAUGUGUUCACGAGACACGCUGAAUUCCUUGCAGGCUGUUUCCAGGAGAAAUGUGAAGCUGUGCUCAAGUUAACUUCUGCAGCAGACACAGAAGAUGAGGAAGCACUGGUUACAAUUCGUCUUCUUGACGUUCUUUGUGAAAUGACAUCGAACAACGGACAACUAGAACAUCUACAGGCUUUGCCUAGUUUGCUUGAAACAGCCAUAGAUACCCUGAGAUUAACUCAUCUGGCUGGGAAACAGGCUGUAAAUAUUUUCACUGCAACACAUGUUAUGACAGCACAGGAAGAAAUUUCACAUCCAGCUGUGGGUUUUAAAUCUCAUCUCAUUCGUUUGAUUGGAAAUUUGUGUUACAAAAAUAAGGAAAACCAAGACAAGGUUUAUGAGUUAGAUGGCAUCCCCUUGAUCCUGGACAACUGCAGCAUUGAUGACAACAAUCCUUUUGUGAACCAGUGGGCAGUAUAUGCUAUCCGAAAUCUCACUGAACAGAAUGAGAGAAACCAAGAGCUUAUUGCACAGAUGGAGGAGAAGGGGCUGGCAGACAAUUCUGCCCUUGAGAGUAUGGGUUUAGAGGUAGAGAAACAAGAUGACAAGUUAAUUCUGAGAUCUGUCAGGAAAAAGCCCUCGUGA